AUGGGUCAGUUGAUUGUUAAAAUAGAAGUGGUGAAGAACAGGAAAAGUUCAGUGGUCGGUCCGGCAGUCGAUGUUGCAGAUGACCUUCGCCACCAGCUCGCCCUGUUGAGCUCGCCGUCGGACGAGAAGGUAGUCCGGCAGCUGCCGGCGUCGUGGUCGAGGCUACGUCCAGGUGGCAUUAUUCCGCGUCGACAGGUAGAAAAAGGUGUUGGUCAGGAGGAGGCGGUGUUCUGGGCAGGUUCACAGGAGAAGGAGGCUGUUGUCGUUGCAGCCGCCGAUUCCAUGAGGACCCAGCACUCCCCAUCCUAG